CAGUCACACACACAGCAUGACAGCAAUGGAGGCGCUCCCGCCCUCUCCGGAGAAAAGACCCAACCGCAAGCGCGCACCACUUGCCCGCCGUGGCGUCGGACCCGUGGUGGACUCCCCCGAACUUCCCGUCCAUCGUCGCUUCAAAAAUCCAUCGCUCCUCGCCACCGACUUUCGCUCCCCGCCGCCCCGUCCGCCCCCUCCCCCCCGACCUGUGUCGUGCUCCCGGCCCACCCAAGCUCCACUCAGGCCCAAUGCGGCCAUAAAGAUCUCUCCCACACUUCUCUUCCGCCCACCGCCGCGCCCCAGGACUGCCGCCGGGUCCUAGUUUCGUCUUCCCCGUCGCCGCCGACGCCUCGCAGCCCCGGCAAACCCCUUUCGCCGCUGACGCGCGCGCCUCCCUCCCGUUUCCGCCCCGCCGAGUCGACGCUGCUGCCCCGUCAGCAGUUCUGGAAAUUGGUUGCUGAGGUAUAAGCCUGAGAAAGUUCUCAACUUUCUCGACGAUUUUUUCCCCUUCCGAAUCGGGCGAUUGGUUAAAUCCCACCGGCCUCCGCGACACAGUCUAGAAUCUGGAUCCGCCCCUGGCCCUGGGGUCUUGAGUGCGAGAUUGGUUUGGGGUUUGAGGGGAUAAAUUUGGUUUUAUAUCAUUGUUUAGGCAGAUUCUCGUACAUUGAGGUUUCGUUUAUCACGAUCAUAGGAUCUGCUAGGACAUAUCGGGAUUUGGUUCCAUCUUCUCGAUUUAUGGCCAGUAGAUUCCUGAAGUAGCAUUGUUUUUUCUGUUGGCCGAGCCUAAAGUGGCAUUGUUUAAGGCUGUCCCUGUCCACCCAUGAAUGUCAGUUUCUAGUACCCAAUGUUUGUCCAGGUUCCUUUCUCAGUUUGCGUUCACUGAUGUUGAUGUUGAGAUUCUGUGAUCCAAUAGAAGUGUUUAUUAUUUAUGAACAAAAUAGUUUACUACUCUAGUUGUUAAAAUUUCAGUAAUCCCUUCUAUCUUUGUUUAGCAACCAUAUACGUAGUAUUUGUUUAGCCCAAAGCCUGUAUUGUAUUGUCUAUACUACUACAUGUGGGAUUUCUUCUUAGUGCGUGGCCAAGCUCUUCUGGACGUACGUCAGGUGCACAAGGGCCGUUGAAUGCAAUGGAAGGGGGUGCCAGUGUAGCUGGAAAGGCCGAGUUUAAGGAGUGCUUACGCCUGACUUGGAGCCAGCCUUAUAUUCUUCGACUUGUUUUCUCUGCUGGCAUCGGCGGUCUUCUUUUCGGAUAUGAUACAGGUGUCAUAUCUGGGGCACUUCUGUUCAUCCGAGAUGAUUUUAUUGAGUUACAAAAGAACACUACUCUAAGGGAAACAAUAGUGAGUAUGGUUGUAGCUGGAGCUAUUGUUGGAGCUGGACUUGGUGGCUGGAUGAAUGACAGAUUUGGAAGGAGGCUUUCCCUCAUUAUCGCAGAUGUUCUGUUCCUUGCAGGUGCCGCUGUCAUGGCCUUUGCCCCGUCACCUGCUGUUAUCAUUGUUGGGAGGGUCUUUGUUGGUCUUGGAGUUGGAAUGGCUUCCAUGACAGCGCCUCUGUACAUUUCCGAAGUCUCCCCAGCUAGAAUAAGAGGGGCGCUAGUGAGCACAAAUGGCCUUCUUAUCACUGGAGGGCAGUUCAUGGCAUACCUUAUUAAUCUGGCAUUCACCAAGGUGCCGGGAACUUGGAGGUGGAUGCUUGGCAUUGCAGGAUUCCCUGCCCUUCUUCAGUUCAUACUAAUGUUGACGCUCCCAGAAUCACCAAGAUGGUUAUACAGGCAGGGCAGGAAAGAGGAAACUGCCGCCAUUCUGCGGAAGAUUUACCCUGCAAAUGAGGUGGAAGAAGAGAUUGAGUCCUUGCGAAAAUUAGUUGAAGACGAGAUGGUCCUGGAGGGGUCCAUAGGCGAGCAGAGCGUAUUUGGCAAGCUGAAGAAAGCAUUUGGAAGCAAGGUUGUCCGCCGUGGCCUCAUGGCCGGUGUCAUUGUGCAGGUCGCCCAGCAGUUUGUCGGCAUCAACACCGUCAUGUACUACAGCCCGACGAUCGUUCAGCUGGCGGGUUUCGCGUCCAACGACACGACCAUGGCCCUCUCACUCAUCACCUCAGGACUCAAUGCCAUCGGCUCGAUCGUGAGCAUGUUCUUCGUGGACAGGGUCGGCCGGAGGCGCCUGAUGCUCCUCAGUCUUGUUGGCAUUGUCGUGUGGCUCGCUGUGCUUGGCAGCACUUUCCUCAGAGCCGCGCACAAUGCCCCACCUGUCAGCGAUGUGGAGACGCGUCCGUUCGCUAACCAGACGUGCCCAGAGUACGACCCCAACGUCUACUGGAGCUGCAUGGACUGCCUCAGGGCCGCAUCCACGUGCGGGUUUUGUGCUCAUGAAGGAAACACGCUUCUUCCUGGCGCUUGCCUGGCAAUGAACAAUGAAACGCGAGGGGUGUGCCAUGCCGACCACCGUGAGUUAUACUCGGAAGGGUGCCCAAACAAGUAUGGGUGGCUGGCACUGCUCGCUCUGGCCGCAUACAUUGUCUCCUACUCGCCUGGCAUGGGCACCGUGCCAUGGAUCGUCAACUCGGAGAUAUACCCGCUGCGGUUCAGGGGACUCUGUGGCGGCAUCGCCGCGGUGGCCAACUGGGUGUCCAACCUCAUAGUGACGCAGACGUUCCUGACCCUGACCAAGGCGCUGGGCUCGGCGGCCACCUUCUUACUCUUCUGCGGUGUCUCGUUCAUGGCGCUCAUCGUGGUGUUCCUCACCGUGCCGGAGACCAAGGGCCUGCAGUUCAAGGAGGUGGAGAAGAUGCUUGGGAGCAAGAACUACAGGCCUUGGAAGCGGUACCACCCCGAGGCACCGACAAAAGGGCGCGAGAGUGGGCUCGCUAUGCUAUGAAAUCUGCAUCGACGGUAGCUGUUUGAAUUCUCUAAGUAGCAAUAGUCUUACAGCACAAGAUUAGCGUGUAGAGGCCUCCGUUGCGUUUAGUCAUUUCUAGUUACGUUACGGCAGUUUUUUUUUUGGUGAAUACGCAUUGUUGCGUAUCA